UUUGUACCUUGGGCUGUUAGAUACCAUUAACCUUUUUAAUAUAAAUUAAAGAGCAUUAGUUGUGACUCCAACAUGAGAUUAACAUGGUCUUGUGGCUUCAUAACGUUCAUAGAGGGGAAAUCUGUCUUGAAUUGGCAUACACACGCCAGUCAGCAUAAUUAAAACAAACCGCGAAGUUAAAGACGUCUCGAAAACAGAACGUACAUCAAUGAUCCCCCAACAGUUUUCGAUCCAAAAUGCAGUAUAUAAACUGCAGACCUGCUGUGAGUAUAUCAUAUAACAACAAACACAAGUUUUGAAGGAUACACAACGAUUCAACAAGGCAUCUCUCAGAAUGGACCUUCAUUAUGUGGCCUGGCUGUGCACCCUUUUCUGCUUUGCGCAGGUUUGGUCAUUGCCAACAAACUGCAUCCUUCGAAAGGACUUAAUGGAGAAAACAUGUGCAUUUAUAGAGACUGCGGGUGGCCUUUUCCCUUCGCAAUGCUUGGACGAGCGCGUUCCCAUUUCUUUCCCGCAAAAUGUGUUCGAGUCCAGCAACAAUCAGGUUUCUGGUGUUGAAAAGGCUGUUUACCAGACACUCCAGAAUAUUGACGCACUGUUUGAGGACUACAGUGUUCCAGACCAGUGGGAUGCAGAAAAAAUGACUGAGUUUCGAGGCAUUGUAUACCGGCAGAUUGAGGAAAGCAAAUGCAUCAUGGGCAAGUCUGAAGCGGACCAGGAUUUUCCCAGCAGAGACGCCUCACUCAAGGUUUACUUCGAGACUAUAUCCUCUACUCUGAAAGAAAAGGAUUUUAGUUACUGUGCUUGGGAAAUUGCGAGAAGUGAGAUUCUCCGCACCCUGAACUUCAUAUUAAAGAACAACUCUGACAUCAUGUAUGGAUCUCCAGAAAUCUAGAUGCUUACUCGCAUGCUGGCUUAUUUAUUUAUUUAUUUAUUUAUUUGUUUGUUUGUUUGUUCGUUCAUUUAUUUAUUUAUUUUAUUUAUUUAUUUAUUGUCUCCUUUGUGGCUUUAAAGGUUCUUUGGAUAAAAGCGUCAGCUAAAUAAAUUAAUGUAAUGUAUUGGCUUUCUAAGCCUGAUCACUGUACGGGCUCAAAUAACUGUCAGUUUCACUUUUGAUUUCGAUUUGUUACGUCACUAUUUACAUUCAGCACUGGACAGUUCACAGCUUGAAGCCUUGAACCCUCCAGUAGAGUAUUCAUUUAUUUAAAAUGUUGUAUUUUUGUAUGUUUUUAAAAAAUAUAUAAUUUCUGAA